CCGACUGGAUACCUUCAGGAGUGGGACCUGGAGCUGCCGGCUUGACCUGUGGGGCAGGAGCAGGAAUUUGGAGCGUAGGUCUUGCCCUCUGCCCUGUGACAGCUCCUAGCCGGAGGGUGCAGAGCAGCUGCCCAGGUUAGGGGCCAUAGCCGAGGAAAAGAAGACCAGCACUCCGAACCUUCUCAUCCCCCAGGCGGCGGGCAUGGGAUGCACUCCGGCUCCAACUUCAGCUGGCUCUGGUGGCCCACAUGGACACAAGGUCUAUUUAUAGUUCUGCCACAGAAGGCCAGCCACCAAGCACAGGGGUAGCCAGGGUUUUUUUUUUUAAGGGCUUUUGGGGUAGAGGGAAGAGUGGGAGAAGCCAGUCCUGCCUCCUUCCACAUCAUCUUUGGCCACCCCCUCCCGAUACCCACUCCCCAUGAAUCCAGACAGUGCUCCAUAGAUAGCCUGCCCCUGGGUCAAGGGUACGGUCAGGGGUGCAGUCCCGAACGCAAAUGGACACGGUCUUGUGGUCUGGACAAGGGUUGCAUGAGCUGGAGCAGUGGCCCAGGGCAGAGGUCCCGAUGAGAGGGCAAAGGGUGGCAAGGUUGUGGGAAGGCAGAGAAAGCAGUCAGAGAGUGGGAAGGCAAAUUUAAAAAGCCAGGGCCUCCCACGACGGGUCAAUCCCACAGGUGGCCAAUGGUUGGUCGAACUUAGGCAGGGAGCCUGCCUUCAAUGGUGAGAACGCUGGACCAGAAGGCUGAUUUCCAGCUCCUCCCUCCCGCCUGGGGUCGCCUCCUUCCCCACUUGCUACAGAAAUUCCUAACUUCCUCCUAGCCCUAGCCGUGGGUGGCCACAUGCUGUGGAGAAGAAAGUCCUUCUGGCUGGCGUUGUCAGCCUUUUGGCUCCUCCUCGUCCUCCUAGGAGUCUUCCCCCUUCGCCUGGCAGUGUCUCCCGGUCCUCUUCCAGGGCGCUCCCCAGGCUGGCCCCGCUGGCUGGACGCUGCCUUCUUACAGAGUUUCUCCCAGUCUGAGACGAACCCAGAAGAAGAUGUCGCACAGCUCCCUCAGGUCUCCCGGGGAAGCAGCUGCACCUGGGGAGCCUGCUUUGACACCUCCAGGUGUAGGGGAAAGGUCCUCAAGAUCUUUGUGCACUCCCCGGCUGGUCCAACCUCUGAGGCUCAGCGCAGGAUCCUGGACUCCUUGGAAGGCUCCCGCUACCAUGCACUCAACCCAGCAGAUGCUUGCCUUCUGCUUUUUCUCCCCAGCCAGGACCGUAGAGGAGCCUGCGGGCCCCUGCCUCCGAACUGGAACGGAGGCCGAAACCAUCUGGUGCUCAGUCUCUACCCAGCCCCUUGCACCAGGCUGGGACAGGCGAUGGUAGCUGAGGCCAGCCCCUCCUCAGACAUCUUCCGACCAGGCUUCGAUAUAGCGCUCCCGUACCUCCCCGAAGCUCAUCCAUUGCGAGGUGGGGCUCCCGGCAAGUUGCAGCAGCACAGUCCCCAACCUGGGGCCACCUUACUGGCCGUGGCAGAGGAGAGGGGCAGGUGGCGUAUCACAAGCACCCACGCCUCAGCCUGCCUCUGGGACAGGCACUGUGAGCAAGACCCUGGACCCCAGCAGACCUACCCAGGAGAGACCCUUCCCAAUGCCACCUUCUGCCUCAUCCCUGGCCACCGAUCUGCCACCUCCUGCUUUCUCCAGGCCCUUCAGGCCGGCUGCAUCCCCGUGCUCCUCAGCCCCCGCUGGGAGCUGCCUUUCUCUGAAGUCAUCGACUGGACCAAGGCAGCCAUCAUUGCUGAUGAGAGACUCCCGCUGCAGGUCCUGGCUGCCCUCCGUGAAAUGCUCCCUUCGAGGGUUCUCGCCCUGCGCCAGCAGACCCAGUUUCUGUGGACAGCUUACUUCUCCUCGGUGGAAAAAGUUAUCCACACCGCCCUAGAGAUCAUUCAGGACCGGAUCUGGGGUGCAUCAGGUCACCCCUCACUGAUGUGGAAUAGCCCCCCGGGGGCACUCCUGGCUCUGCCCACGUUUUCCACGAGCCUUCAAGAAUUCCCCUUUUAUCAUCUGCAACUGGGCUCUGGCCCUGGGAGCAGUUUCAGCGCCAUGAUCUGGGUGGGGGCCUCUGGAGAGUCCCUGCUGAAGCUCAUCCAGGAGGUGGCAGGUUCUCAGCACUGUGCCCAGAUCCUGAUCCUCUGGAACAGUGAAAAGCCACCCCCUGGCAGGUGGCCCGAGACAGCGGUGCCCCUAACAGUCAUCGAGGGGCACAGGAAGGUCAGCGACCGGUUCUUCCCGUACAGCAACAUCAGCACCAAUGUCAUCCUCAGCCUUGAUGCUCAGAGCGCUCUUUCUACCAGUGAGGUGGACUUUGCCUUCGGGGUGUGGCAGAGCUUUCCUGAGCGGAUGGUGGGCUUUCUGACCGGGAGCCACUUCUGGGAUGAGGCCCGGGGUGGCUGGGGCUACCAUACUGGGAUGACCAAUGAAUUCUCCAUGGGUCUGACCACGGCUGCCGGCUACCACAGGUACUACCACACCCUCUUCACCCACUCCCUGCCUAAGGCCCUGAGGACCGCAGCUGAUGAGACCCCCACCUGUGUUGACAUCCUGAUGAACUUCCUGGUAGCCACCGUCACCAAACUGCCCCCUAUCAAGGUGCCUUAUGGCAGGCAGCACCCGGAGGCUGCGCCAAUGGAUUCUGCGGAUCCACGACCAGUGCCGGAGCCUCAGCCCCUGGAUCAGGACUGCAUCAACCGUUUAGCAGCAGGGUUCGGCCACAUGCCUCUGGUUUCCUCUCGAGUGCGUCUGGACCCGGUGCUGUUCAAGGACCCGGUAUCAGUGCAACGCAAGAAGUAUCGAAGUCUAGAGAAGCCAUAGGCGAGGCACUGUACCUGUGUGCUAGACACGAGAGAACCGAGAGAACCAACAGAGACGGAUCAAAGUCCUGCCCUGCUUGGCCAAUCGCGACAGGGAUCCCUGAGGGCCAGGGCCUUCCCCAGCUGCAGUGGGGUUGCGUUUGGCACGUUUCGCACAGGCCCGUCCGUGCACAGGCUGAUCCUAUUCCCUGAAAUACCUUUCUCUGCAUCUCUGCCUGGUCCACGUAUGUCUGACCUGUACGCACUUCCUUGGUGAUCUUGAAGUCCUCGCACGACUCACGCCGAGUGGCCUUGAGCACAUCACGCGGCCCCAGGACCGGCCUGCCAGCUCCGUAGGGCGGGGUCCUGCCCUCAUCUCUUUGGGCUGGCAGGUGCACUGUAAAUAUUUGUGCAAUAGCUGCAAGAGUAUUAACUGGUGGCAUGCGUGGUGGAACACCGGCAGAAUGUGCACGAGACAUAAAUGCUGCCCCUUACUCUGGAGUUCCUGCUCCCCGUACAAAGCACACACCAGGAUUUCCAGACUCAAUCAAGCGUGAACAAAGAGGCCAGGAGUCGGAGAUAACCCGUUGCGGCGCCAGCCUCACAGCAGACCCCGAAUCUUGGGUGACCACCAGCACUGCACUUCCAACCUUUACCACUAGAGGUCAGCUGCUGCACUGCUCUCCCUUCAAAGGAAUGGAGUUUGGUUUUGCUUUCUGGACAUUUUGUUGUUUGCUUGUUUGUUUAUUUUUGUUUUUCAAGUAAGGGUU